UUUGACUUGCCACAGGUGAUGCAUGACCAGAGCUCCGCCUCUACAGAGCCAGGGACACAAAUAGCACAUCUGCAGGUAUCAUUUUACACUCAAACCUUUGGGCAAAAAAGCGUAGUCAUCAGAUCACAGCGGCAGUGAAAGCCAGACAGCAUGCGAUCAUCGGCCGAGACACAUUGACAAUAACAGUCAUUAGGAUCUGUCGACCAGCCAUCACCACCACUGCUACCAGUAUGCCCAUUGCGGAUCUUGUGGGAGUCCAGUUGGACAUGCAGCUGCUAGUGAAACUGAGUUUCUCUGUGGCUACAGUUCUACUCAUUUCUUGGGCCUACAGAUUCUACAGCUCCAGGAAUGCAAAGAAAACCCAGCUCUGUGUCAAAGACAACGAGGAGCCACAAAAUGCAGCCCGGCAGGGCCGCAAGACGACACUACGACAUCGAAGCUCACCACAACACAACUCCUAUGAUAAAGGCAGACGAGAUUCAGAUGACCUGACAUCUGACAGCACCAAGCACACGCCAGCAGAAACUCAUUCUGAAAACUUGAGUGGGAUGACCGGUACCACGGGGCGCCGCUCCCCUUGCUUUUUGCAAAAGCUCGAGGGCAGUGUGGGUGUGGGGAGGGAGUUAAGGCGAGACUUAGAGCGCCAGGGAGCCUGCACCAGCUUCCUCUCUAAGACAGAGAUCAAAGUGGGGGAUGCUAAUGUGAUGCUAGAUGAAACAGGAGACCAGAUUGUGCAUGGAAAGAUAUAUGAUGUCUUUGUUGAGUCUUCCUCUCAUUCUGUUAUAGGCACAAACAAUGCGCUGGGUCAGUAUGAGAGGAACUUUGAUCCAGUGGAGUUUGGAAGCCGUGGCAGCAGCUUCACAGAAUCUCCUUCCUCUCUUAGCCCCAUCAUUAUGCGUGAUUUACCACAAAGAACUGAUGAGGAUCUCUCCUCUCCAAGGUCCAUAUUCCUCCGCCAGGAGAGCUAUCUGUCUGCAGCACAGCAGUGUGGGCUUUCCAUGCCCUUUCUAACUUCAGGAGCCUCAACUCCAAUGAAUCACUCUCUGGCUUCAACCAGGGAUGAGUCCAUCUUUGCUGACCCUAUGAUUAGUCUGACUACAGACAGCAAAUGUCUUAAUGAGAAGGAGAGAGCUGAUCAAGAUAAAAUGCUUGACAGUGCCGAGUGGGAAAGCUUGAAGAGUAAGCUUGAUCUGGGUAACUGUUUGGAGACGCUGCAGCUGGCCAAAAAACAUGGCCAGACCUCUGUGCAGCAAGCAGCCCUGGGUGUCAUGUCAGACAACUACCUCCAGGUGCUCAAGGAACCUAACCUUUAUGGGCGGCUAAUGGCAGAUGAGCGGGAAGAAAUCCAGAGGCAGAGAAUGAGAGGAAGAAGGUUUGUCGUGGUGGCAGAUAUGGACCCUCAAGACUGGGCGGGGGACACAAAAGGGCAGACAACAGAGACAGGGCAGAGGAGGACAUCUAGUGCACUGUACUGUUAUGAUGACUACAAAGACUCCUGGCAUAGACUCUGCCUGAUCCCACAGGAGGUCAUCUCUAAAGCCUGUGCCAUGUGCACAAUGGAUAACUACUUAUUUGUGGCAGUGGGCUGCCAAGGCACAAACAGGGAAAUGACACCCUCAAAGCAAGUGUUUUCCUACAAUCCUUUGACAUCCAUUUGGAAGGAGAUCAGUCCUAUGAAUGAGGCCAGGCCCCGCUGCAAACUGGCAGCACUGGAUGGCUACAUCUACGCCAUUGGAGGGGAGUGCCUCUCAUCAGUGGAACGCUAUGACCCACGGCUGGACAGAUGGACAUUUGUGGCUCCACUGCCUAAUGAUACAUUUGCUAUAGCACAUCACGUCACAGUGUGCAGUGGAGACCUUUUUGUUUCUGGGGGAACUCUUAAAUAUAUGCUACUGCGCUACAGCCCCAAGACUGACACCUGGAGGCAGAGUGUGUUAGGCAGCAGAGACAGAACUGCAGAUAUGGUGGGUGUGGGGAGAUUCUUGUAUCGGUUUGAUGUGAACCCCCUGCUGGGGGUCAGCUCAUACCGCUACCAUACAGUGGCUCGACUGUGGUACGAGUGCAGCUCUAUACGGCUUCUGCACUGCCCCGCCUUCCAGUGUGUCGCAAUGGAUGACACAAUCUAUUGUGUCAGCCGCCAGUUCACCAUAAGGUUCAGGGCUGAUGAGAUCUCUCCUGCUUUCAGAGAUGAGGAUUUGAGUGUCCUCUCUGCAGCGAAGGGCAUACUUUUCCCCUUUGUCUUUUCCCUCCCUGAUAAGAAGCCUCAGCAGACCAGUGUGUAAGGAGGAUUCAGGUUUUCCACUGAUAAGAUUAGGCAGUGAUGGAGUGUCCCUAUAGAAGCAUGCUUUACACCACGUUGAUUGUUGACAGAGGGAGGGGGGUUGAUUUGCUCAGGUUUAUGCUCGACCAAGCCCAAAAUGCUAUUGCAAAAUUGUAACUACUGUGCUGCCAUUUCUCUGAGGUAUAAUUGAGAUCACCUUUCCACAAAAUGUUUGUUUCUUAAAUAACUUUAUUUUCUUUUACUGUGUGCUGCACAAAGAAAUGUGUGUAUUUUAUGUCCGAGCACCUGCCAGUAGAUGGGUUAGUAUUAGACUCUUAAUGGUGGUGAAACAACAGUUUGCUUAGAUUUACACAGGAUGUCCUGCCAUGUACACUGCUUAUUUCUUUGAUUUGCCGCUACUUCCUGCCAUUAAGUUACAUUAUUUCAUUCCAGAUGCUUGACCUCUUUAGCUGCAAAGAUAAUUUAUAAAUAGGUCUUAGAGUAAAUGAGUUCAUUCAGCUCUAACGCAUUACAGAGAUUGAGCAAUAUUGUGAUAAUCCAUCACUGUGCUCCACUGUGUAGGGCACAAAUAUAACUUGCACAGUGGCCUGGAUACAAUGCAAUUAUCUCAUAUGCUCUUUACAUAUGAUAGUUUGUAAAUUGGUAUGUCACACAAUAUUAAUAGAAGAGCUUCUAAAAGCAUUUG